AUGCCAAAGGGCAUGCAUAACCCGCUGCCCGCGUCUCUGGGCAGCGAAUGCAAGAAAGCAACGCAGAUACUCGAUUCGUUCGUCAAUGGCUCGUGGCGGGGGAGUCCGGGACGCGAACUGCCUGAGCAUGUUUUGAGAGAGGCUAAGGGUAUCGCCGUUCUAACCGUGACAAAAGCCGGGUUCCUGGGGUCUGGCCGUUUUGGAUCCGGCGUGCUUAUUGCGCGUCUCCCUGAUGAACCUGAACCUGAACAUGAACAUGGGCCGAAUUGUACUGAGGAUGGCACUACUACAGCCACUCCUGGUGGUAACUGGGGCCGCUGGUCGCCCCCCUCAGCGAUAGGUAUCUUCGGCUUUGGAUUCGGCGGCCAAGUCGGUUUCGAACUCACAGACUUCGUGUUCAUUUUCAAUUCCGCUUCGUCUUUAUCUACAUUCUCCAAGUCCGGGUCCCUCACACUCUCAGGGAAUUUCAGUAUCGCGUUCGGCCCCGUUGGUCGGAGUGCGGAGAUUGCGGGUGGCUUUAGCGGUGCUGGGGUAGGGAAGAUGGUCAGCUUUGCGAAGACGAAGGGGCUUUUUGGGGGCGUGAGUAUUGAGUCUGGGGUUCUUGUUGAGCGGCGCGGGGCGAAUAGGAGGUUUUAUGGGGGGAAGGUUAAGACGGCGGAGAUUUUGGGAGGGAGGGUUGUGCUUGCGAAUGAGGAGAGGGAGGGGGAUGGGGUCAGGGAGUUGAUGACGGCUUUGGGGAAGGUGUUUGAUGUCAGCUCUGCGAGGACUGGAGAGGAGGUAGGGCCAGAGUCAGAGUCAGGAACAGCAACAUCCAGAGCAGUACCAGCACCAGCAGUACCAGCACCAGCAGCACCAGCACCAGCACCAGCAGUAGAAGCAGCAGAGCUACCAGCAGAACUACCAGCAGAGCCAUCAGUGCCAGCAGCACCGCCAGCAGCAGAACCAGUACCAGCGCCACGACCACUGCUGGGACCGGCCUCGGCUCAGCAGAAUACGGCAGAUGCAGAUGGAGCUCUAGACGGAGAAGUUCAAGUACAAGCACACCAAGGACAGCCCGUUUCUGCGUCUGGAUAG